AAUCUUCAGCAGCGGCAGAAGUUGCUGAGCGGACAACAUGCGAGGGCACUUGCUGUUGGUGCUGGUGGCUACGCUGACUGCAGGCGGCCCGGCGACCGAAGCACACCCAGCUGGCCCGGCGUCAGGCACGCAGACGGACCAUGCAGACGCGCGUCACCCGACUGACAUCCAGGCGGUGGUCGGAGAGACCGUCGAUCUCUCCUGCCGAUUCUCAGAACCCGGCAGACAUUCGGUAGCGUGGAUCCUAGAGCGAGACGUCUCCAUUCUCACCCUUGGCGUGUUCACCUACAGCGAGGACCCAAGGUUUUCUGCCCACCGCCAGCAUGACAGUGAUGAGUGGGUGCUGAGGAUUAAAGACGUGAAGCAGCGGGACGCCGGCAUCUACAUCUGCCAGGUUACUUCGGACUCGGGCGCAAAGCUGCGGUUGAAUCUGCAUGUCAGAGAGAAAAACUCAGGAGGAGGAAAGCAGACCAGCACCGACGCUCCUGUCCCGCUGCUACUUGAGUUGAUGAUGGCAUUGUCGACUGCGGUUUCACUCAUCUUAUGA